CUAGGUUACCGUCCUAUUCCAACAGAACCUUACCUGGGAGGGAAUUCACACUUGCCACCUCCUGUAAGUGACAGAAUGAGAAAGAGACGGGCUUUUGCUGAUAAAGAGUUGGAGAACAUUAUGCUAGAGAGAGAGUAUAAAGAGAGGGAGAUGAUGGAAGCUACACAAGCUGCUGCCCUUUUCCUCCCUAACCGCAUGGUGCAUGGAGCUGAAUACAACUCCUAUAAAACAGCCUUCAACACUACUCAAGUUGAUACUCCAAACAAGGAGUUUUGCAAUUUUUUACCAACCUGCCUUGAUCUAACCAUGCAGUAUUCAGGAUCUAGCAACAUGGAACUGAUUUCUUCAAAUGUCAGUGUAGCUACUACCUACAGGCAGUAUCCCCUGCCUUCUAGGUUCUUAAUGUGGCCAAAAUGUGGCCCCAUUAGCGAUGCUCUCCUCUACCAGCAAUGCCUGUUAAAUGCUACUACUGUUCAAGCUCUCAAACCUGGGGCAGGUUGGGAUGCCAAGGUCUCACAAAGUCAGGACUGUCCAAAUACUGAGCAUGACAUCAUGUCUCCAAAACUGGAAAAUUCACUUGUUCUGACCCACAUGCAAGACAUUCAGCAGCCAUGUAAUGAGAUGCCGUGCCUUCCUCAGGAAGCUCGUGAAAGGUCAGCUUUCUCUCCUCCAAAAAAGACUUUCUCUCAGAUUUCUGAUAAGGAUUCUCUGGCUCAUCAGGAACAGGUAUUAAGCAAGAUCAGCAAAAGCAGUACCAAACUUCCUUUCAAAUACAGUCCGUUUCAGUUGAUGUUCCACCAAACGUUUCCUGACAGAUCAGGAGCAGAGCUGAGAACAUCAUUUGUGAAAGAGACUUUCGAAGAUGCUUCUAAAAAAUACAGAGAGUGUGCCAUUAAAGAGAACCAAAAAUACAAGUUUACAACAGAUAAAUGUGCAAAAGACAUUUUUGGGGCCAAACAGGUAACAGCAAAACUUUCAACAAACGAGCCACUGUCAUUUUCAGUUGAAUCCAUCCUUAAGUGA